CUCCUCCCCAAAGGUCAGGCUUCCCCCUCCCCUUCCGCCUUCGCGCUCCCUUCCCUCCUCGAAUCAUUCGAUUCGCCUCGCCUCUCUUCGCUCACUCUCCGAUUCGAUUCGGCCUUCGCGUUGAUCGACCGUGGUGGUAGGGUUAGCAUUCCGGCAAUCCCCAUGGUGCAGCUGCCGAGCUCGGGGAAGCGGCACGCGGAGCCGGCCGAGUCGGCGAUGGCGCGGCGGCCCGCGGCGGCGGCGACCGUGAAGCUGGAGGCGGCGGAGGAGCUCGGGGUCGAAGAGCGUGGAACCCUCAGCAAGCGCGCCAAGGCGGCUCAGCCGACGCCGCCUGCGCCUCCGCAGCAGGAUAUGUACCACAAUGUACUUGAUGAACCUAGCCCGUUGGGUCUGCGGCUUAAAAAAAGCCCAUCUCUCUUGGAUUUGAUUCAGAUGAGGCUUUCUCAAGCAUCCAAUGCAGGACAGUCUUCUAUGGACAACAGCAUUUCUGAACCUUCCAAGAAGAAAGACAUUAAAUCUGGUGUGUCUGCAGCAGGCGAACGGCUAAAAGCUUCAAAUUUUCCUGCAAAUAUAUUGAAAAUUGGUACAUGGGAGUACAUAUCACGAUAUGAAGGUGAUUUGGUGGCAAAGUGUUACUUUGCAAAACAUAAGCUUGUGUGGGAAGUUCUGGAAGGUGGUCUUAAGAGUAAGAUAGAAAUUCAGUGGUCAGAUAUUACUGCUUUGAAGGCAACUUGCCCUGAAACUGGACAAGGAACCUUGGAUCUGGUGUUGGCCAGACCGCCUCUAUUCUUUAAAGAGACGGAUCCUCAGCCAAGAAAACACACAUUGUGGCAGGCUACCUCUGAUUUCACAGGUGGUCAAGCAAGUAUGCACAGGCAACAUUUUCUGCAGUGUCCUUCAACCUUGUUGAGCAAGAAUUUUGAGAAGCUUAUUCAGUGUGACCAGAGGCUAAACCAAUUGAGCCAACAACCAGGCAUCAUAUUAGACUCUCCAGUGUUUGAGCCUAGGUGCUCAAUAUUUGAGGAUCCGGUUGAAUCAAAAUGUGCUGGUUUUACUAAUUUGAAAGAUGAACAUGAAGCUCUACCUGGUUACUCAGGUUCUGUGUCACCAUGCGCUGGCUCAUCCAUGUCUGCUAAGAACGAAGCCAAUGAUUAUAUUGGAAUGCCAGCAGAAUAUCUUCCUCAGACAGUAAGCACAGGAGCUGGUGCUGUAGGUGUACAAGCUGCUGUCAGCAGAAAUGUAAAUGGUGCCGCUCCAGAAUUCAAUAUCCCCCACUGGUGGAGUCAAUUGAAGGUGCCUGGGCUUAGAAUGUCGAUGUCAGUGGAUGACUUGGUAAGCCACCUAGGUAAUUGCAUCACAGAGCAGAUCACUUCAUGCAAUCCUGCAUUGGCCAACAAUGAGGUGCCAACCAAAGAAACUCUGGAGGAGAUUGCUCAGUACCUUCUCGGUGAUGCACAAGGCCCACCGGUGUCUGCCUCUGAUGAGAGAUCGCUGAUGGCAAGGGUGGACUCCCUCUGCUGUUUGAUUCAGAAAGAUGCAGCACCGGCUGCUAAGCCAAAGCCUGAGCCAAAUGACAGUGAUAGCAUUGGUGUGGAGGCCUCAGAAGGUUCUGACGAAGAAUUUAGUUCAGCGCCAACAAGGAAAACUACAGAUGCCACCGAGCCCCCAGCCAUGUCCAGAAAGGAGUCGUUCGGAGAACUGCUGACGAACCUCCCUCGCAUUGCCUCGCUACCGCAGUUCCUCUUCAAGAUCCCAGAGGAUUCUGAGAACUGAACCUGGGAAUCAGGACUUAGCUCCUCAUUCCCCAAAAUAGGGAGGUUGCUGUAAAGGUUGUGUCCGAGCAAUAAGAAAGCCCCUUCUCUCGGUCUCCAUAGGAGGCUUGUUCCCCGCCCUGUAAAUGUGACACCCAGUAGGUUGCGCCAGUUGUCUGUAUGUUUCAUGACUCGAAUGGGUAGUGGAAAAAUCGAAAUGUUCGUUGGUUCUUUA